UAGAAUCCCCCUGCUGUCAAAACCCCGGCCAUGUUGGCGACGCAGCUUCCGAUGGGUGCACAUCGUGUAAAACAUGUAAAAUUCGCGAAAUUCCUUCCUCAAAAAAUGCUAUUUUGAGGCAUUUACUAUGUGCGAGUUGCCGUGGUACGCAUUGGCCGAAAUCUACUUGCAGAACCGCGACAAAUCCAAAGAAAUCUACUGUUUAUGUAGCAGGGUUUUUGUAAGAAACAAAGAUGACAAUCUCAAACGGACCGUUUUCUCAUCCGAAUUCAGCGCUUCCGAAGAGGAGCUUUUAAUCGAACAGGAGAUCCCGAGUGAGUGCAUUUCACUGCCUCAGAUAUUAAAAUAUAAAGUCAAACAAGAGGCCGAAACCGAGACCCUCAGCUGCUACUGCAGCGCCUCGCACACCGACAACCUCUCCACCGACGAGCACGACAGCCUCCGCGAAUCGCACGAGCCCCGUGUGCCCCACCGGGGCCUGCAGCCCAGCGACAGCGGCGCCGACCUCACCGAAUGCAUCCGCCACGAUAUCGACGCCGACUGGCAAAAAUUCUGGUCCCUCAACGGCGAAAAGCUCAUCUGGGAAUCGUGGAUCGCCAAAUACAGCGCUUACAUCAACCCCGACUACCUCCAGUUCGCCCAAGACCAAGCCCAGGGCGACGCCCGAACCAAAGAACAACGCGAACUGCUCACGCUCGACAUCGACGAUAAACGCUGCAGCGACAAGAACCGAAUCCUGGUCAGGAAUUUGUCAGGAAGCGAUGAUAAACUCUUCACUGAGGUGUCCGAAGGGUGGAACCCCCUGUCUCCGGUCAGUGUCGAUUGCGAAACAGAAGUUGAGCAGUUGCUGAGCUCGCGGUGUGGUUCACACGCCAGUUCCCUGCGAACGGUGGAUUCAAUGACGAAUGUGACCCGAAUGACGAUUUCUUCGCUGGAUUUGAGCCAGAGUUCGCACAGUUCGGAUAGUUUCUCGUCGGUUAGUUCGGUCCAGAGCUCGUUGAGUUCGACUAGUUCCGAGGAAAACGAGGAUUACCACCACCAGUGGGAUGUUCUAUGGAAGAGGCACUACGAGGAUGAGUUUAUGAAGCAAUACCAGAUUUUUGUGGCCACUUGGAAGGAAUGUAACGUCAGUGAUGCUGUUUUAGGUGAAAAGAUCGACAACUCUGUUCCUAGCACAGCCAAUGCGUAUUUAAGCAGUCCCUCGCACGUUAGCAAACAAACCAAGAAGAAUAUUCAUAAAGUGUUUCAAGGAAAAGUCGAGAAAAACGACGUCAAGUGUCCUAUCGAAGUCAAUAGCAACGUAGCUACGUCUUUAGGUACGCUUUUAAGCAAUUUGAAGGUUUCGAGUGAGGAAAACAGCAAAAUGGAAGAAACGAAAUUUUUAGAGAGUGAUAGUUUGGAUGAGGAAGCUGUCGAAAUGGCCGCCAUGGGUUUACCGACUCAGUUUGGGGCUGGAAAAAGCAAAAGAGGAAGAGUGGGGGAAGCUGAAACGGUCGAGAGCCCGCUUAGUUCAUCCGGCGAUUUCGAAUCAUGUCGCAAGAAAAUCAAAGCUGCGUUUACUCUCAUAGGAAUCGAAUUCAAAGACACCAAUUCCAACCCAAUUGCAGGCCAAGUCCAAUACAAAAUGAAGCACAUUAGAUUACAAAAUCGGCACUUGAAGCUGCGAAAUGAACCACCAAAACCCAAACACAUUCAUUUUGAUGAUGACGGUGGCGUUUUAGAACAAGAAGACCUGAGUUUUCAGGGCGUCCUUUUGGACACAUCUGACGACAAGCAGAGCUCAGCCGACGAGGAAAUCGCAAGUGAAGUUGUGACAACUCCGCCGAAAGUUGAGGAACAACAAGACGAAACAGUUGUAACUAAACGGAAAAAGCGCAAGAAAAAAAUAAUAAUGCCCCCCGAAAUCAAGGAAAAUACUCAUUUGAGGAAAUACUGGCACCGGAGGUUCCAACUUUUUAGUAAGUUUGACGAAGGCGUUAAACUAGACGAGGAGAGCUGGUACUCGGUCACUCCCGAACAAAUCGCCAAACACUUGGCUCAGCGGUGCAAAUGUGACCUGAUUGUUGACGGUUUUUGCGGCGCUGGAGGCAACGCCAUCCAAUUUGCCUUCACGUGCAAACGAGUCAUUGCAAUAGACAUCGAUCCGAAAAAAAUCGAACUGGCGCGAAAUAACGCCGAGGUUUACGGUGUUGCCGAUAAGAUUGACUUCAUCGUGGGCGACUUUUUCCACUUGGCGCCCGGGUUGAUGGCCGAUGUUGUGUUUUUUAGCCCUCCGUGGGGUGGCCCUGCUUACAAAAACGAAGUGGUUUACGAUUUAGAGUCAAUGUUACUGCCUGUCCCCAUUUCCAAGCUGUUGGAAGUUGGCCGAGUGAUUACGAGCAAUAUUGCUGUUUUCUUACCGAAAAAUAGCAACGCUUUUUUAUUAAUUGACGAGACUGCGCCGGGCGGAGGUGUCGAAAUUGAGCAAAAUUUCAUGAAGAAGAAUCUUGUUUCAAUUACUGCCUAUUACGGUGAUCUCAUUAAGAAAAUCUAAGAAUUCCACCUAGUUAAGUUCAAACUGUGUUUUAAUUUUGUGUAUUGUUUUCCAUGUUUUUUCAAACGUUUGUUCCAAUAAAAAGUGGUUUGAAUUUGG